UUGCUUUGGAAUGCCACAGCACGAGCAGGCAGUGCAUGAUGGCGCUGAGCGUGCAAGACGAUGAGACGGCUCUGGAACUAUUCAGGAGAGCAAAUCAUAAGCCAUUGCUUACUGGACUGGCCUUUUUCGACGAGGUGCCAGCAGGAAGUGGCGGCAGCAAGACCAAGGACAAGGGCGUCGGGCGGGGGGACGUGGUGGAGCUGUACGGCCCCAGCGGUAGCGGCAAGUCGGAGGUCUUGAUCAACGUGGUCGCGCGGUGCGUGAUGCCGGCUUGGCUGGGCGGGGAGGAGCGACCGGCGGUGUUUUUCGACAACGACGGCAGGCUGAGCAUACUGCGACUGGAGCAGCUCCUCAAGGGGAAGAUCUCGAACAACACGACGUUUCAGGUCAAGAGCGCCUCGGGGGGUAUCGGUGGUGGAGGUGGGACGACCCACGCUUCUUCGUCACGCCCGCAGCAGCUCCAGAGCGAUUUAGAGGACGUGUUGAUUGGGUGUCUUCGGCGACUCCGAGUCGUCCGUCCCGCCGGGCUGUUCGAGCUCCUGGCCGCGAUUGAGGUGUUGAGGUUCGAGCUGGGGCACCGGCCGGCAGUCGUAGUCGUUGACGGGAUGGGCUCCUUUUUCUGGCAGGACAAGGUGUGGUGAUGACACACCACGAACGCGCAAUGACUGAUGACGAUGGUAAUGAGU